GGUAUGCAGCCCGACCGGUUUGAAACGACGCCUUCCUCCGCUUCCACUGCAGAAGGACAGUCGGAGGAUCUUUGUUCCCGGGGGACGCGGAGAGUCUGUAGACCAACAGUCCAGUCAGGCCUCUCUCUCUCUCUCUGUCGAGUUUCUGUGUUCAGCUUGGGCCUCGAUGGCGGCCUUGUCGGCGGGAUGGGUUUCGCUUCUGCCCCUGCUGCAGCUGGCCCACUGCUCCGCCGCCCACAGACUCACGGCAGGGGCCCCGUUGCUGGUGGACGGAGAGCAAGCCUCGUCCUUCCUGUCCCGCUCGCUGCUCUACAACAGCUGGGACUUUGAGCUGGUGGUGCCGGACGACCUCCAGAGGGAGUGUUUGGAGGAAACGUGCAGCUACGAGGAGGCCCGGGAAGUCUUCGAGGAUGAUGCUCAAACGCAAGCAUUUUGGGAUGACUACAUCAACAACCAAGUGAACUCACCCGGAGUGGACGUGUCGGGGCUGGUGGCCGGGAUCCUGGCGCUGCUGGGCUGCGCUCUCAUUGCCACGGUGGUGGGAGUCUACUGCUACAAGGCCAAGCAGAAGAGCAACAGGAGGCCUCCUCAAGUUCCAGUGAGGCUGGUGCAGGACGGGCACCCACCCCCAGAGAUGGUGCCCCUGGCAGGGAUCAUGGCCCCGGCGCUCCCCUCCUACACCGAAGCUCUGACCCGCAGCGGCCAGCACGACGCCCCGCCCCCGCCGUACUCUGGGGGGGCGCCCUCCGAGCCAGCUGACCCUGGAGACCAGGAAUGAGCGCGGGCAGAUUCCUCAUGUCAGUGAAGCGGCUCUGGUGAAAAUACUCCAUGUUCGGAUCGAGGAACCUAUUUAUGUGUGCAGGGACAGUGUAGUCAGUGUGACGUCAGAGUGGCUGGGUGCAGGUGAGGGUGCGCCACGUUUGUUGAAAACGUGCCUUUUCUGGAAUGGUUUUAUUUCUCAUGUCAUUUUGCAAUAAACGAACACCCUGUGUUUCGGUGAUGUAGAGUGACGUGUUGCAGCGCGCGCGCGCACACAUGAUAGGAACACAGUCCUCCACGAUACUACACA